AUGUCUUGCGAAGCGACGGUUCGACAGCAUCCCUCACAUUUUAUCGGCAAUUCGGUUAACGCGAUGUUUCGAUCGAAUAAGCAAACACGACGCCGCAUUUUACGCGGACGGAAGGUUCUCGGGAUUGAACAGAUAGAAGCUGAAAUUGGAGUCAGCAGUGAAUCGAGCAGUAUGUCCGAAUUGAACUCAGAAUCGAGCAGAUGCAAAGUUGAUGAACGACGACAAAUGAUGCAUGAAUUGGCAGUUAUUCGAGAGAGACAACGACUCGAACGUAUGGAAUUACCAAAUUUCAAUAUUGCCACCGAUCGUGCACCACCGAUCAAUUUAACAGUCUCAACGCUCGAAGAAGAAAUGUCAUCUAGCAUUAGAAAUCAAGGUUCCCUGGCUUUAUAA